GCGGGAUCCCUCCGCUCUGGGGAGAGCAGCGCUGGACGGUUGAGUUGGGGUGACUGAGGAAAUCCAUCCGCGUCGCCGCCGCUGCCGCCUCCGCCGCGGAGGAAGACAGGACCUCCCGCGCUGCUCUAGCGACCCUUCGCAGAGUCCCACCGCCACAGGCCUCGGGCCAGCGGCGAGGAGCUGUCUCCCCCAGCCCCCGUCCCGCGGCCCCCAGCCGCCCCCAACCCCGCCCCACGGGCCCGGCGCCAUGAGUGAGCUGGAGCAACUGAGACAGGAGGCUGAGCAGCUCCGGAACCAGAUCCGGGAUGCCCGAAAAGCAUGUGGGGAUUCAACACUGACCCAGAUCACAGCUGGGCUGGACCCAGUGGGGAGAAUUCAGAUGAGGACGCGGAGGACCCUCCGUGGGCACCUGGCAAAAAUCUAUGCCAUGCACUGGGGGACAGAUUCAAGGCUGCUGGUCAGCGCCUCCCAGGACGGGAAGCUCAUCAUCUGGGACAGCUAUACCACCAACAAGGUCCAUGCCAUCCCUCUGCGCUCCUCCUGGGUCAUGACCUGUGCCUACGCGCCCUCAGGGAACUUUGUGGCCUGUGGGGGGUUGGACAACAUCUGCUCCAUCUACAGCCUCAAGACCCGUGAGGGCAAUGUCAGGGUCAGCCGGGAGCUGCCUGGCCACACUGGGUACCUGUCGUGCUGCCGCUUCCUGGAUGACAACCAAAUCAUCACCAGCUCUGGGGACACGACCUGUGCCCUUUGGGACAUCGAGACAGGACAGCAGACGGUGGGUUUUGCCGGACACAGUGGAGAUGUGAUGUCCCUGUCGCUGGCCCCUGAUGGCCGCACCUUUGUGUCAGGUGCCUGUGACGCCUCCAUCAAGCUGUGGGACGUUCGGGAUUCUAUGUGCCGACAGACCUUCAUUGGCCACGAAUCAGACAUCAAUGCCGUGGCUUUCUUCCCCAAUGGCUAUGCCUUCACCACGGGCUCUGAUGAUGCCACGUGCCGCCUCUUUGACCUGCGGGCCGACCAGGAGCUCCUCAUGUACUCCCACGACAACAUCAUCUGCGGCAUCACCUCUGUUGCCUUCUCCCGCAGCGGCCGGCUGCUGCUCGCUGGCUACGACGACUUCAACUGCAACAUCUGGGAUGCCAUGAAGGGUGAUCGUGCAGGUGUCCUUGCUGGCCACGACAACCGCGUGAGCUGCCUUGGGGUCACUGAUGAUGGCAUGGCUGUGGCCACAGGCUCCUGGGACUCCUUCCUCAAGAUCUGGAACUAACAGCUGCCACCCCACUGAGCCCAGGCCAGGAGGGGCCCUGCCCAUGCCCACACUACAGACCGGGAGCUUUGGGGCUGGGUGCACACCAAGCCCCCCUCCCCGGGCCACUGGGCCUUGGGUCCCUGCUCCCCUACCCAGGUUUGGUUCCUCCCGGGGGCCCCCACUGUGGAGAUGAAGAUGGGAUAGAAUGGGGGGAGAGGAGGGGCAGAAAGCCCUCAUCCUUUUGCUGCCCUGGGGUUGGGGCCUCAUCCCUCUGGAGGGCCAGAGGCAGGAGGUAGAAACUCCAGGGGCUGGCUUUUUUAAAACUGGUUUUAUUUUAAUUUUUAUUAUAUUUUCAGUUUUUCCAUAAAGGAACCAAUUCCAACUCUGUA